GUUUCUAUUCAGAACUUAUAAUUUAUCUCAAGCUUACAGUUUCCCUAUUAGGACCCAUUGGUAACAAACAACUCUUGCACGUGCUUUAACUUCACUGAUGGAAGAACUGAAGGAAAUCUUGAGAUUGGCAAAAAAUAUACUCUUAUCUGUGGAUGAAGAAUACGAGAGACUUGUUAGACAGCACGAAAAUCUGAUCAACCAGCAAGGUAACAUUGAAGAAGAGUGUAACAGGAUUACAGACGAGCUCAAGAUUCUAUCAAACCUUCAAGAUCAUUGGAUUAAUAACAAACUUUGGCUUGAAGAACCUUUGACCCUUACUGGAAGUUGUAGGACAAAAGAGAACUGGAUUUCAUCAUUGGAGAAUUUUGAACAAUUUUGCAAGAUAAUUGAAAAGUCUUCCAACGAUUCCUCCGUAUUACUAGAUUUUGUCAAGGAGUUGAGAGCUAGAAAGAUACAGUUGAAUAAUGAGGCGUUAUUGCAAUAUAAGAAUGGUAAACAGCAAGAAAAAGAGUGACGCAUCUAGAUGUUGUCCGUUUUUUGGUGGCAAACGGAACCAAGGAACAUUCCUUUCUUGUAAGACGUGGAAAAUCUUAUUUUAUUCUUGAAGAACACUUGCUCUGAUUUUCGCGGCAACUUGGUAUCCCAAGCUAACGAUAUUCAUAGCAUCUUGAAAGAAUUUCAUAUAAUAGAAACUAGAUAUCAUAUGUAUCGUGAAUGACACUUUUUGAAAGUAAAUUAUAUUCAAUCCUG